AUGGCACCGAGCUUGAUGCCCCUCAAAACCCCCCCCGCCGUCAUUACCUCUGCCGACAUCGAGCCUCCCUCCUCCAUCACCGAUCCCAAGGUCCGAAAUAAGAUGCGCGGUUCUCAGCACGAUGACGAGGAAGGCGAAGACCCCGAACCCUCUCACACUCGCUCCGCCAGCGAGACCUCCUCCGCCCUAAAGCUCAACCGCAACUUUGUUUUCCUGGGAGAUUACGUCGAUCGCGGAUAUUUCAGUCUGGAGACUCUGACAUUGCUGCUGUGUCUGAAGGCAAAAUAUCCCGAUCGAGUGACAUUGGUGCGAGGUAACCACGAAUCCCGGCAGAUCACCCAGGUAUACGGUUUCUACGAGGAAUGUUUCCAAAAGUACGGGAGUGCAUCCGUGUGGAAGGCCUGUUGCCAGGUUUUCGAUUUCAUGACGCUGGGCGCCAUCAUCGACGGCAAGGUUCUGUGUGUCCACGGUGGUUUGAGUCCCGAGAUUCGCACUCUCGAUCAAGUGCGCGUGGUGGCUCGUGCCCAGGAGAUUCCUCACGAGGGUGCUUUCUGCGAUUUGGUUUGGUCAGACCCGGAUGAUGUUGAGACGUGGGCGGUCAGCCCCCGAGGCGCAGGAUGGCUUUUCGGUGAUCGUGUGGCCGAUGAGUUCUGUCAUGUCAACGACCUGUCGCUGAUUGCACGAGCUCAUCAGCUCGUGAACGAGGGAUAUAAAUAUCAUUUUACCAACCAGAACGUGGUCACCGUCUGGAGUGCGCCUAACUACUGCUACCGGUGUGGUAACCUGGCGUCCGUCUGCGAGAUCGGAGACGACCUCAAGCCCACCUUUAAGCUGUUCAGCGCCGUGAGUGAUGACCAACGACACAUGCCAACGUCGCGGCCGGGCCGCAGCGAGUACUUCUUGUAA